GCUCUCACGGUGCUUUGGUUCUUCAGUUUGGCGGGCUUAGCCAACGCGGAUAGUCGUGUGUCGCGCUCUCAGUUCUCCAAUCCAGUUACGGCGUAGAGAUCGCGCGUAUUUCAACACUAUAAUAACAAACCAACCCCAACCGAUAGUUUAUGUGCCAAUCGUGAACGAUGUCAAUAAACCCAAGCUUUUUGUUGUACUUACAAUGCUUCAUCGCCGUAAACAUUUUAUUGAUCACAAUAGCGGAAGGCGGUGGUCCUCUCGGCACGCAUUGUCGGAAGAGCGCCGAGUGCAAUGUUUCAAAUUCUCACUGUGACAAAGGAGUUUGCUCUUGUCAACCUUAUUACGCCCAAGUUGACAACUACACGUGUCUUGAAUCAACGUUAUUGGGCUCCGAAUGCAUCGUGUCAGAGCAGUGCACCCUCAAAGUGGCGUUUAGCGCCUGCCUCGACGGCGUGUGUCGAUGCACCGACGGACAUUUACAAUUCAGAAAACAUACGUGCCUUUCUCCCGCUCCUCCAAGCCAUGUAUGCUAUAGCAAUGAGCAUUGCCGCUUAUGGGAUAAAGAGAGUCAUUGUGAAUUCGUAAUCCCAAAUCUUUUCGGACGGUGCGCGUGCAAUAUAUUUUUCAAACAAAUUGGAGACCGAUGCAUCACGCAGAAAAUACCAACGUUCUCCACUGAGGCAGUGGUCAUCGAUCAAAGUCUCAUAAAUCAACCUUUGGUCGUUGAAGCAUCAAAAGAAACUGAACAUAAUAUCCAAACACCAAUAAAAACUUUGAACUUACCUGCAGUUAUAAAUCCAGGCUCCCUUGAAACUUUUGUACCUCUCAGUGACUUAAUUGACUCUGAUGAGGUUGAACCGAGUAAGCUACCAACGAUUCCAGGCAAAAAUGAUGUGUUAACAACAGAAGAAGCGGGCAAUUCAUUGCUUCAAGCGGUCAUAAAGACACCUACACUAGAACCAGUAAAACAGAUGCCUGUCGCAAAUAGGAAGGAAGGUGAUCACAGUGAAGUAAUUCGAGUCGAAGAAAUGACAGCCAAUUUGCAUGCAAAUGACCAACCUGUGUACAGAGUGGUAACACAACCGACCACAGAAAAGAAAGCAAACAAAAAGAGCGGAGGCGUAAAGGAACAACAAACGAGUUCGGUUAAGCCUUUCAAAGGUGGACAUCCAAAAAAAUCUUCAUCAAAAGAUAAGAACCGUAUUCGCGCCGAAGUAUCCUCCGUGUUUUACCUUGGGCCAGCAUCUUUAGGCAUGCCCUGUAUAAGAGACUCGCAGUGCCAUCAAGUAGACGUGUACUCCAAAUGUGUAAACAAGCGAUGCGAUUGCGCGUACCGCACCAACUCGACAUCCGCGUGUUCGGCACGAAACAGAGGAUGUUUGCCGGGUACCUUCCAGUGUCGUUCAACUGGGGCGUGCAUCAGCUGGUUCUUCGUGUGCGACGGCCGUAAGGACUGCCCCGACGGCUCCGACGAGAAAUGCGAAGGCAGCGGGAAAGAUGGUGCGGGUGAGCGUUGCCCUAUGCACGCUUUCCGUUGCGGCGGUCCGGGCGGUCAGUGCGUGUCGCGUGCAGCGCGAUGCGAUGGCAGCCUGCAAUGCCCCGGCGGUGAGGACGAGAAAAACUGCAGGGCCACCAAGCGCAAGGGAUGCCCGCGUCAUACUUUCCGAUGCGGGUCUGGCGAGUGUUUACCCGAGUAUGAAUUCUGCAACGCGAUUAUCUCCUGCAAAGACGGUUCAGACGAGCCACCACAUCUGUGUAAUGAACAAUCAAGAUGGCGUGCGGCAGACUUCUGCCCGCUGCGAUGUGGCAACGGGCGCUGUCGCAGCACGGCUGUGGCCUGCUCGGGCCGCGACGGCUGCGGCGACAACAGUGACGAGAUUGCCUGCUCUGUUUGCAAAUGUCCAUCUCCAUCCAAAACGAAAGAAGAUUGAAAACUAUAAUUUCAUAUAAAAAAAUUGAUUUGAGUAAAUUUUCCCGUAUGGAUCUCAAUUUAACAGAGGAAUUAUAUAAAUUAAAAAUUACUUGUUGCAACAUUUAAUCCAGUGACUUUAACAUUAUUGUAUAAUUGUCUAGACAUUUAGUAGAAAAUA